UAUAAAGUGCAAUUCUUAUAAAUAACAACCCUUCCUUUGCAGUCUUAAUCACUCAUAGGGUCUUUUACAAAUUAAGCCAUCAUCUCAUUUGCUUGGUUAAACCUUAUCCACUCACUUCUCUCAAUAUGCUUGGAAAAUCUUUUGUUUUUGGCUCCCUUGUGGCCUUUUCACUUUUAAACAACGUUGCGGCGACGACAACCGAAGAACUCUUUGUCAUGGGACUUGGCACUACUAUUCCUCCAAAUGCGAGAAAGGGGAAUGUGGGACUUGGGGACUACGGUGGCUUGAACCCUAAUGCUGUUUCCCAUCUACCCGAAAAAGACACAAAGGUUAAGUUGAGCGAUCAACCAAACCGCCUUGUCAGCUAUUACAAAAAAAAGGAUCCGGAUGCAACGUACUAUGUUUAUGGUAUCGACAAAAACGAGGAAGCUCUCAAGUUUGCGCUCUGGGAUAUGAUGAAUGGUAAGGCGUUGAACGCACUCCCGGCUCAUGGUGGCAAUGAGGUACCACAGGAACAGCUUGACUAUUCAGCGAAAUAUGUCGUGAAAAAAGCUCCCAUACCUUGGCACAUGAUUAAGGGAUGGUGGAUAGCAGCGCCCGGCCACGAUUCCACAGAAUUCCACCCGAACCCGGGCUAUUCCAAAGUCCCUUCUGCUUCGCUUAUGAGGAAACUCAAGUUCUGGCGAGCCUGAACAGGGCACCAUGUGUCGGGUAGCAGCAAGUCUAAGACACACGUGGACCUUGCCUGAGGUUCAAAAUCUGUUGCAUUCAACUUCAACCUCUGGUUUGUGUAAAAACAAAAUGCAACACCAAUGAGCAAGAUCCGUCAAGGACUGGGCUAGGUUAAUUUGCGGAUAUGAUUUUAGUUAGUCCAUAAUGAAGAAUAACUUUAUAAAUAGACAAUAACCACCCGCGGCUGC